CAUAUCAUUACACUAGUAAAAAAAACUCAAAUAGCAACGAAGUUGCUACGGUACAAUCGUAGCUAGAAAUAGAAAAGCUACGGAUUUGCUACGUUUUAGCUACGAAAACAUAAACGUAGCAAAUCGUAACAAAAUCGUAGCUAAUUUGCUACGAAUGUGCUACGUAAAAAAAUCGUAGCUAGUGGUUGAUACGAUUUUGCUACGAAAAGUAACGUAGCAAUUUACUACGUUUCAUUAACGUGUCAUUUCGUGUGUAACCUAGCUACGAAUUGUUUCGAUUCUAUCGUAGGUUUAGUUUUAAUUUAUUUUAAAAAAGAAAACGUAGCUACGGUUACCAAAAUCGUAGCAAAUUCGUAGCAACCCACCGAAAGAAACGUCCCAUCAUCCAUCGUGCGCAAGUGUCCGGAGAAAAAUACAAAACGUAAUAAGCCACGAGCAAUUUUCGUAGCAAAGAUCGUGGUUUUUUUCUGAAUGCAACGUCCCCUCGGUCCGACAAUGUGCAGGCAAAAUAAUUCAAGAUAUUUUGAGCAAGCUACGAAAAAUGUUCGUAGCAUUUUUCGUAGCAUUUUUCGUAGCAUUUCGUGGCAGAUUUCGUAGCAAGGUGUUUUAUAUAAAAACAACCAAGCACUCCACUCUCAUAACAACGAGUGAGAUAUCAAACAUAAAACGCUUUCUUUCAAAUGUGUUGGUGUUGAAAUCGUGAGUACAAUGUCUGAUUAUUUUUAUUCGAGAGAGUGGAUGGAUCAACACUUUGAUCCGAUCAAUAAUUGUGUUUCUCGUGAGUUUAAGGAAGGUGUUGAUGUUUUUAUCGCAUUUGCUUCCAAUCAAACUUCUUUUAUUGAGGGGAAAACCAUGUUAUGUCCUUGUGCAAGAUGUCAAAACCGAAAACAACGGGACUCGAGAACCGUAUCUCGCCAUCUUUACCGAGUCGGGUUCAAAAGUAAUUAUUAUUUAUGGUCAAGCCAUGGAGAAAAUUACUAUGACGUUGGCGAAUCAUCCACGGGAGGUCAAUUUAUGGGAGAAGGCACACUGCAUACGGAAGAAGAACCAUACCAGGAAAACUAUCCGAAUGUUAUGGAAGGAGUAUUGGAGGAUGUGAUGGAAGCACCCAAUGAAGAGCAAUAUGGAGAUGGCGUGUUUCAAGCCUUCGAAGCCGCUAAUGAACCAUUAUACGAAGGAUGUGUAGAAGGUAUUUCUCAGUUAUACUUGGCAUCACGUUUAAUGAAAGUAAAAACCGAUCAUAAUUUACCGGAGUCGUGUUUGGAUGAGAUAUCACAAACGUUUAGAGAUGUUCUGCCACAACCAAACAAAGCUCCUGAAUCAUAUUAUGAGAUGAAGAAGUUGACAAAGGCGCUUGGUCUUCCUGUUCUGAAGAUUGAUGUUUGUGAAGAUAACUGCAUGUUAUUUUGGAAGGAAGAUAAAGAUUUGGUGGUGUGUCGAUUUUGCGGAAAAGAUAGAUAUCACCAGAACCAUGGAAAGGGGAAAAAGCGGCCCAAACAAAGAAUGUUUUACAUGCCUAUUACGGAAAGGUUGAAGCGAUUGUACCAACUUGAAGAAACUGCAGCACAAAUGCGAUGGCACGCAGAACAUGAGUCGCCCGAAGGAGAAAUGCAUCACCCUUCUGAUGGAGCAGCUUGGAAGCAUUUUAACAAGGUAUAUCCUGAUUUCACUGAAGAAAGUCGGAAUAUAUAUCUAGGCUUAGCAACAGAUGGAUUUAACCCAGUUGGUAUGAGUGGUGAAGCACACUCGGUCUGGCCAGUAAUUGUUACUCCGUAUAACUUACCUCCUGGGAUGUGUAUGAAAAGAGAAUAUUUCUUUUUAUCCGUCCUAGUUCCCGGGCCAAGACAUCCAAAGAAGAGCAUUGAUAUAUAUCUGCAGCCGCUAAUUGAAGAAUUGCAAAGUUUAUGGAGUCACGGGGCAGAAACAUACGAUAUCUCGAGAAAGGAAACAUUCACGAUGCGAGCCGCAUUAAUGUGGACAAUUAAUGACUUUCCUGCUUAUGGCAUGAUGUCAGGUUGGAUGACUCAUGGUCGUUUAGCUUGUCCAUAUUGUCUCGAUGAUACAAAGUCAUUUUGGUUGAAACACGGAAGGAAGCAUAGCUGGUUUGAUUGUCAUCGAAUGUUUCUACCUAAAGAGCAUCCUUACAGGAGAAAUGUCCAAGCGUUUCGAAGGGGGAAGACAAUAAGUGAUGAUCCUCCACCAUGGUUGACGGGAGAAGAAAUUCGCUAUGAAAGAAUCAACAACAUCGUUGGGCUGAAGAAAACGGUUGAAUGUGGAGGUAACGGACACGAGAAACCUGGAAGUAACAUAGAAGGCUACGGAAAAGAUCACAAUUGGGUGAAGAAGAGUAUCUUUUGGGAAUUACCGUAUUGGGAAAACCUUCUUCUUCGCCACAACGUUGACUUCAUGCACGUUGAGAAGAAUUUCUUUGAUAAUCUUAUCAACACGGUGCUUAAUGUUCCUGGGAAGACUAAAGAUAAUGCAAAGUCGAGGAUGGAUCUACCUGAUUUGUGCAGAAGGCAAGAGUUACAUAUCAAAGAUGAUGGAAAGAUGCCGGUCCCGAUAUUUCGGUUGUCAAAGGAAGAAAAAAAAGAAUUCUUGCGAUGGUUGAAGGAAGAUAUAAAAUUUCCAGAUGGGUAUGCUUCAAAGUUUAGUAGAUGUAUAGAUGAGACGAAUUCGAAGCUUUCAGGCCUAAAAAGUCAUGAUUGCCAUGUCAUCAUGCAACGACUUCUCCCAUUUGCGUUUAAGGAGUUACUUCCAAAAAAUGUCCACAUCGCAAUUUCAGAAAUCGCACUCUUCUUUCGGGAUAUCUCUGCAAAAGUACUAAAAGAAGAAGAUGUCGCCAUUUUAAAAGAAAACAUUGCGGUGAAGCUUUGUAAUUUGGAAAAGAUUUUCCCACCUUCGUUUUUUGAUGUUAUGGAGCAUCUCGUUAUGCAUUUGCCAGAUGAAGCUGCUCUAGGUGGUCCAGUGCAAUAUAGAUGGAUGUAUCCUUUCGAGAGAUACAUGUACCAUCUGAAGAAAAAUGUUAGAAAUAAGGCACAUAUUGCAGGUUCCAUUAUUUCCCAAUGUCUUACCGAGGAGAUUUCUAGAGCUUCUGCACAUCACUUUGGAAAUCCAGAAGUGCCUGCUACCGUUUUGCAACCUGGAGAUAUUCGCUUUACAUAUCAUGAUCCAGAUGUGCCAAAUAUGUUUUACCAUGAAGGUCGAGUUAGUGGAAAAAUGGAGCAGAGGCAUCUAACCGAUGAUGACUAUAAUGUGUUACAAACGUUUUUGAUGCUCAAUUGUCCUGCAUUUGAGCCCUACGAAAGGAUGUUUGAGGAGUUUAUGAUGGACAACAACCCAAAUAUAUGUGGUGAUGAUCUACAAAUAGCGAAAGACAACCACUAUGCGGAAUGGGUGAAAAACUAUGUUAACGAAGCGAGUAAGAUAUAUCAGUUUCCAUUGUGGAUGUUGGAUUUCGUACAAGGCCCGAAACAAAAUUAUAAAGCCUGGCCGAUAUAUUUUUCGCGAGGAUACUGCUUCCACACACAUAGCCAUGGCCAAGAUAAAAGAACCCAACAUUAUGGUGUCCAAGUCCGGGGUACGACAGACACUGACUAUUACGGCUUGAUUGAGGAGAUAAUGAUGGUUGAGUAUUCUGGUUCUGUUGGGCUUAAAGCCAUGGUUUUUAAAUGUAAGUGGUUUGAUACAAUUGUGGGUCGGGGGAUUCGAAAACAUAAAUCGGGAAUCGUUGAUGUGUCUCCGCGCUGGCAGUACGAGAAAUACGAUCCAUUUAUCCUAUCUGGUAAUUGUGAUCAAGUUUGUUUCAUUCCUUAUCCGCGGGUUCGAGGCACAUCAGCAAACGAUUGGUGGGCAUGUACGAAAGUUGUGCCUAGAGGGGUUCGAGAAACUUCUGAAGAUGCUCUUACUGCGCUACAAGAUGAUACACACGACCAAGUUGUUGCACCAAGUGAAAUGUUACGAUUUGAAACUUAUGUUGUGGAAGAUGAUUCAGAUUAUGAUUCUACGCCGGUUGUUCCGCCCAAUGACGAAUAUGUUUCUGAAGAUGAGAUAGAACCGGCAUGUACCGAUUCUGAUUCAGGGUCUGAUUCAAGUUCUUAGUGUUUUAUGAUAUAUGAUUGUAUAAUAUCAUUAAGUUCUUAAUGUUUUGUAAGAUAUAUGAAUGUAUAAUAUAAUUAAGUUCUUAAAGAUUUGUAAAAUAUAUGAAUGUAUAAUAUAAGUUUUUAGUGUUUUGUAAGA